AUGAGUGUAUAUGCGGAUGAGUACGACAAAGCUGGAGCUUCACUGGUCGAUGUUUUACCUGUCGAAAUGAUCCGGGCUAUCUGCGAAAAUCUCCUGGUAGAAGAUGUAGCUAAUUUUCGAUUAACGAGCAAGGUUUGCGCCGCAGCUAGAGUAGAUCGCCUCGUCCAGGUAGUCUACGUUACAUUUACUAGAGAGAGCUUCCAAAAACUGCCCAACAUCUCGAAACAUCCCGAGAUAUCGAAGCAUGUCAUAACCACAUGGUAUGAGCCACUUGGUUUGGUGGCAUGGGACGGAAAUGAAUUUCACAACAGGGGAUACGGCUUGACUGACCUCAGGGGGCAAGAAAAUAGUAAGAAAACCCUCAAAGUCACAACUUUUGGUUCAAACAUCUCAUGCUUUUAUAGUUUACAAUAA